CCACACACUGCACCACCACUGCACCACAGUCACCAUGAACGUGUUCAAGCGUAGCCUGAUCUUGCUGUCAUUCGUGGGCUGCUGCGUGUGUCUGGCGCUCGUGGGCGCUGCGCUGGGUACGCGUCACUGGUUCGUCGCCAGCUGCCGUCAGCGGCUGAGACCGAUACCUGGAUCUGUCAGCCAGAUAACAAGAACAAACACUGCCUUUAAUAACACACAAAUACAAGGUUCUAAGUCACAAGAACAAAGCUCAGACACGAGACAACAAAGUGAAACAGAACUUCAAAGUUCGAGCGCACAAGAAGAAAGUUCACGUACAAAGGAAGAAGUUUUCAGGCCAAACUCUACGGGAUCGAUCAACUUUGGACUUUUCCAAGGGGACUUGGAACUCAACGUUGGAUUCGGGGAGAGAUUAACGCAUUUUCAAGUGUCAGAGACGAGCGGUCUGAUGAACCAGGGAUUGUGGGUGGGAACAAUCGCCUGCCUGUGCGUCGGAUUGUUGUUCGCGAUUGCAGGCGCAAUCUUCGCAAUCAUCAACACGGCGACCACUCCUGUAGAGCUGAUCACUGGUGUGCCUGGCUUGUACAUAUGGAACUCCUUGGCAGCCGUGUUCACCCUGGUGGCUGUGGUGCUGUGGUCCGUGCUGUACCACACCAGUUUAUCCCACAACGUGCUGAUCGAGCAGAGCAAGGACGGCUGGACCACAGAAGGCAACGAGGCUCUCGGCUAUUCCUUCUGGCUGGUGGUGGUGGCCAUCAUUGUGCACGUCGCCAACUGCGGGCUCGUGGCGUUUGGAACUUACGAGCCAAAAAGCAAGGAGAAAAUCCAAGAACCUGACAAAGCCACGAAUGACAUCCUCCUCUACUAGAUCCAUGCCAAUGAUAGAUUAUUAUUAAGUUAGUAAAAUAGUUAGUGAUCGGUAGUAAGAAAAGUGGCAUGGUAAAGCUUGGUGUAGUGAUACACUUGCAACAAUCUGUAGCCACUGAUUGUUAAUACCGUAUAUCGAGACCGUAAAGCCUCUCAUUGUUUAUACUUUCUUUCAAUUGCGUUUUCUCUGACACACAUGGGCAUAAUUUUACGAAUUGAAUGCGCGGUGCUAUAUACUUGCAGUCUUGACGCGUCUGUAAAGCAAAAAGUCCGUCUGUUUACCGUUAGAUUCUUUUCAAAUACUGUCAAGUAAGAUAAUGUCGAUUGUGCACAAAAUUAGAUACUUUGAGGUCAAUAUUAACUAUUGGUUCAUUUUAAAAAUAAUUUUUACCCUCUCUAUAUUUACUUUUUUCGAUGUUUAAUAGUUAUUUGGAAACUGUAAUUUAAUGUGAAUUUUCAAAAAAUUUCAGACGAUAAUUGUACGAAUAACUUUGCCUAAUGCUGUUGUUACUCAUGCGAUUUUAAAUGAGAUGCAGCUGUUAGUGUAACUAUAUGAUUUUUUUUCUAUGCAUGGUUGGCAUAAACAUAAAGAACUGUAAAUUGAAAAUUUUUUCAGAGUGUGGUUGAUCAUAGAUAAAAUUUAUCAUCCAUAUUUCAGGUGACAUCUACGCUGUACCGAACAUGUCAAUACACUGUAACUGUAAGAUAUCCUCUAACGAUAAACUAUUACAAGUGGCUCACUAAAUUAAAUGAUGAUUGACCGUACGGUAAAUUGCGAUACAUUAAUUUUUUGGUAUGAAUUUAAUGCAACCACAAUUUUUUCACAAAAUAUGCUGUUGAGAUUCAACGCCGCCAUUAACUGCUGUUUCCUAAUUACCUUUUAUAUAUUUAUUGUGGAAUUUAUAAUAAGGGGAGCGUCUUGGUCAAACAUAACUUUUUUAUCUACCGACGGAUCAUUUUGAAACUUUUACUUUUACACAUAUGUGAAAUGGAAAUCUAAGACCUUUUUGUUCGUGUAAAUUUUCAGAAAUAAUGGAAGUAAACUUGAAAUUCAUAGAAAACAGCAAAAAAGGAAGUACUGUAAAAAACUCUCCUACAAUUAACGUGCUACAACAUCGAGAGACAUAUCAUUAUCGAGAGACAUAUCCCC